UCUUCUGAAAAAGCCUGUUGUGUCGUGGGACAGGUUGAGAAACAGGGGGUGAGACAGACAGACAGACAGACCCAGCCUGCAGUACGGAGCCGCAGCCUCGCAGCCAGGAGCCUCUCAGCACGGACCUGUCACAUCACAGUACUGCAGCCCCACAGAGGACCCAGGCACCUGAAGAGCGAGAGAGAAGGACAGAGCGCAAAAGAGAGGAGAAGAGAGGAGACCAAGCACAGGGUACGGCGAGGGCACCACACCACAUCACACCAGCCAGAAAUGCAAACACCACCAAACUUUUGGAGAAACGACUAAACUUUUUUCCUCUUGAUCAAAAGGAGACCUGAGCUGAGUUCCACAGGACCUGAUAGUUGGGUGAACAGCAGGGUUAUACUGUACCUAGAGUGAGUUCUAGGGUGAUCCGAGAGUGUUCCCGAGAGUUCCGGGAGAGUUCCAAGCGUGUUCUAGAGUGAGUUCCAGGGUGAUCCGAGAGUGUUCCCGAGAGUUCCGGGAGAGUUCCAAGCGUGUUCUAGAGUGUUCUAGACAGCGUUCUAGAAUAUUUUCAUCGGCCAUAGGAUCUGUGGGAACUAGAGCAAGACAGCAGGAUGAGUGCCACUGAAGACAUAGCAAAGGACUACUAUGACUACCCUGAUUGGAACAUGGAGAACGCUGUGCCUACCAAGGUCCCAGUUGAAGUAAUCCCACCAUGUGACCCUACAGCUGAUGAUAGACUCUACCACAUCUGCAUCUCUGCCAUUUCUCUGGUGGUCAUGUUGAUCCUAGCAUUCCUUGCCAGGAGGAGGAAGCUGGCGGAUGGGCAGAAAAGAGUCCCAGGGUUACUCAGCCCAGUGAACUUCCUGGACCACACGCAACACAAGGGCUUAGCUGUAGCAGUGUUUGGCGUGCUGUUCUGCAAACUGUUUGGUCUGGUUAUCGCCCCAAACCCUCUACCCUUCACCACAGACCAAGCCAACAAACAGUACUGGAUUAUUGUCUCGUUGUUCUACUACCCUGUUCUGUACUUCCCUCUCCUGGCCUGUGGAACGCUACGUAACGCCGUGGGGUACGUGCUGGGGUCCCUGCUUUCCUGGACUCACUUUGGGGUGCUCGUCUGGCAGAAGGCCGACUGCCCCAAGACACCAGAGAUCUGUUCCUGCUUCCUCAGUUCCAGUAUCUCUGCUGCUGGUUCAAGGCCUGAGGGGACAGAAGAGAAAACCACCGAUGGCGAGGCUGAGGGGGCUGAGACCAAGUCCGGACCUGAGCAGCGCUACUACAAUGACUACGUCAAGAAUAUACUGAGAAGAAGACGCCUUCCAAACCAG